AUGGCCGCAUCUUCGCCGUCGCCACCGAGACUGGGUAUGAGGUCUGGCGUGCUUGGCCACUUGGCCUGCUCCGGCGGAGAGUCGCCACUGCUCGUGCUCCAGGGUGGCGGGUCUAACCCGCUCUUCCCGCCAAACAAGGCGGUCAUCUAUCACGACGGCCUGGGUCAACCGGUGGCUGAGCUCGAGUUUGGCGAGCAAAUACGAGGAAUCGCUUCGCGCUAUCGUCUCGUCGUCAUUGUGCUUCUGCGCCGCGUCAUUGCCUAUGAGUAUGGCUACGGCGAUGAUGAGCCCACGGGCAAGGGCAAGGCGCGAGAAGUCGCUCCUGGCGGCGGGUUCUGGCUGACCAAGCUCGGCGAGUGGGAGACAGCGGAGAACGAACGCGGCCUGACGGCGGUAUCGACUGCGCCGGGCUCGACGCUACUCGCUCUCCCCGGCCGGCAGCCAGGACACGUUCAGCUCGUGCAUCUUCCUCCGUGCGGGACGCCGGCGGGCAAGGCAAAGACGGUAACGGCGAGCUUCCGGUCGCCGAUCUUGCUCGCACACACGCACCCAUUAUCCUCCCUAACGUGCUCGGCAACGGGAUCGCACAUCUUAACGGCCAGUGAGCGCGGUACGCUCCUCCGUGUGUGGGACACGGCGCGUGGGUCGCUGGAGAAGGAGCUCCGCCGUGGCGUGGACCCCGCCGAGAUCUGGGGUCUCUGUUUCGAGGACACCGUGUUCGUGGAUCCCGCAGUACUAGCGGACGCCGAGCGCGCGCGCGAGCUCGUUCGGCGCAAGGGCGGCCGUGUCGUGGGCUGGUCUGACAAGGGCACCGUGCACGUAUGGGGCGACAAUGGCGCCUCGCCGACUCCCAAGCCGCAAGCGUCUCUAGCUAAAGUGCUCGGCAAGGCGCUUGCGCUUCCCAACUAUUUCUCCAGCACGGCAAGCACGGCGCAGUACUACCUCCCGCGGAAGAACCCUCAUGCGUUUAGCGGUGCGAUCGGCGCGGCUGCUGAUGCUGCCGGCUUGCCCUCAAUGAAGAUCGGGGAGGACGACCGCGAGCCGCAGGAGCGCGAAUGGGCGGAGCGCUACGUCGUGGGAUGGAUAGAGGUCGACCCUGAGCCCGAGGCGGAGAAGGAGAAACCCGACCGACUCGCGCUCGCCCGCAAACCAGCAGGCAUCAGCAUGGGCACUCGGGAGGAGAGGCACUCGUUUGGCUCCGACGCAACGAGCACGAGAACGGCAACGCCGAGCGGAAGACGGGCAGACACGCCCACGCAGUCGGCAUACACUGCCGCACGCCGCGAUUCAGGAUCGGCACGAGGGUCCAACCGGUCCAGCUCGCAGUCGCGAGCUCCUCGAGUCACCGUCCAGCGCAAGGAGAGCGGGUCUGGCAAGCCGACACCAGCCGAGUCGAAGCCCGAGCCGCCGAAGAAGGAGCACCAGCUUGUCGUCGUCACCUACGCCGGUGACUGGUACCGUCUCCGCCUGCCGCGGGUCAUGCAACCAGACGACGAUGAGGAAUCGAAGUCCAAGUGCGAGCUGGUCGAGUACCGCCGCCUGGGAGUCGGUGGUGGCGGAUGGUAA